AAUCGUCAAUAAAGUACGAGUCUUGCAGAAUGAUUUUACUACUGGUAGUAUCAGUGUUGUUGUGUUUGUGUCUAGCACUUUUGUGGUUCUUCAAUAAUGCGUUUUCGCAUUGGAAAAAUGAAGGACUGGAACAUUUUCCUCCAUGCAUUCCUUUUGGCAACGUCAAAGAUAUGUAUAUAGGGAAAAAAGGUUUCGGAGAAACAUUUUGGCAUUUGUUCCGUGACAUAAAACGGAUGGGUUGGAGACAUGCUGGCAUCUACUUUUAUUGGAACGGCUUGUAUAUGCCUACAGAUCCAGUCAUCAUCAAAGACAUUCUCAUUGGUAGCUUCGACAGUUUCAAGAACCGAGGAUUUUAUAUAAUUAAAGAAGACCCUCUAACACAGCACCUUUUUAACUUGGAGGACACGAAAUGGAAGAACGUUAGAGCACAACUGUCGUACUUGUUCACAACUGGUAAGAUGAAGUGCAUGUUGAACACGAUGCUGCACCAAACCAACAUUCUAUCAGAAGUGAUCGAAGAAGAACUGGCAAAAGGGGAACCAAUAAGUGUUAAAAGCCUGUUUGCACGUUACACUACUGAUGUUGUCAUGAGUUGCACCAUGGGCAUAGAAAUGAACUCUUUAAGAAAUAAGAACGCGGAAAUUCUGAAGCAUGGCCAUUAUUUCUUCUUCAGAACUUGGAGUAAACUGAAUAACACUAUUGUACUUACAAUUCCUAGGCAAAUUCUACGAUCUCUUGGUUUUAAAAUUACACACCCCACUUCAGAAAAGUUCUUCAAAGAUAUGUUCAAUGGAAUCAAAGAUUAUAGAGAAAAAUCCAAUGAUAACCGUAACGAUUUGUUCGAUUUAAUGAACAAGCUUACGGACGAAAACUAUACGAAACAUCAGUAUGAUUUCAGCGGCAAAGACCAUAUGGAUCCUUUGACGUUUGACGAAACUGUAGCACAAGUUUUUAGCUUCUAUCAAGCAGGUUUCGAAACUUCAUCCUCUACGAUCAGUUUUGGGUUGAUGGAACUGGCCACGCAUCCCGAAUGCCAAAGAAGGUUGAGAAAUGAAAUACAGACUGUGAUGGCACGACACCAACAUAAACUUACUUACGAGUGCUUACAGGAAAUGGAAUACUUGGAGAUGGUGAUGAAAGAGACACUCAGGUUAUAUCCAUCUCUUCCUUUGGUACCAAGAGUGUGUACAAAGGAUUACACAGUGCCUGGAACUGAUUUCGUCUUAAAACCAGGAACAGGGGUAAUUAUUUCAAUAAUGGGAAUACACAGGGAUCCAGAUUUGUGGCCCAAUCCACACGCGUUUGAUCCGGAGCGAUUCAGUUUGAAGAACAGGGAUAAAAUCGUUCCGUAUUCGUGGAUACCCUUUGGAGAAGGUCCCAGAAUUUGUGUUGCUCAUCGAUUUGGUCAGAUUCAAUCCAAGUUGGGAAUAAUGACGGUUAUUAAAGAUUAUGAAGUUGAACUGAAUGAAAAAUCUACUCCCUUAACCUUUUCUAAUAAAGGAUUUUCAUUGGCGACAACUAAAGGUAUUUGGUUAAACUUAAAAAAAUUAAAUUAAUUAAAUAGUAAUAAUUAAUUUUGUAAUUAGAUCUGUUCAAAGUUUAACUUCAAAAUUUCUGUGAUUUUGUAACAUUAAUUAAAACAUUUAUUUAA